CCUUGCUUAGGCAAAAGGAAGAGCCCGGGGUUGCUGCGUGGGGGCUUGUGGAACGUCAUGGCGUCGCUCAACAGUAAAACCGCGGUCUGCGUGGUCUGUUUGGAGAAGCCGAAAUACCGCUGCCCGGCUUGCCGCCUGCCCUACUGCUCGGUCGCUUGUUUCCAGAAGCACAAAGAGCAGUGCAGUCCGGACACCCGUACUGUUGAGAACAGAACAACGGUGGCUCCUGUGACAACAAGGUCGGAGGAAGGCAAAGACGAUGACUCCUCUGUGGCUGAUUUCCUCAACAGUGAUGAGGAAGAAGACAGGGUGUCUCUGCAGAAGUUAAGGAAUUUAGGUGAAUCUGCAACUUUAAGAAGCUUACUGCUCAACCCACACCUGAGACAGCUGAUGGUUAACCUCGAUCAGGGCGACAACAAAGCAAAACUGAUGAAAGCCUGCAUGCAGGAGCCCUUGUUUGUGGAGUUUGCAGACUGCUGUUUAAAAAUCGUGGAACCAUCCCAGAACAGGGAUUCUUAAACCUGGAUGUGCUGUUUGCUCAAGCUGCCCACUGCUCCUCUUAGGAGGAGGUUGUUUCCAAGGCCGUAGGACAUGUAGGUCUUCUUCCACUCUCGGCUUGUAUCAGACAAGUCGGGGAUACUCAAGGUGCAGGUCCUUUGUGAAGAGGAAACCUGCAUCUGGAUGGAUGGCCCAGCUCCUCCAGAGGACCAAUCUUCAGCAUGACUGCCAACAGUUCUAAUUACAGUUCCUGGC